CUAGUGCUGUUUAUGUCCUGUUAAUAAUAUUUGUUAUCAUCGCACUGCAUAAAUUAUCAAUGGAUAAUAGAUUAAAUGUGACUUAUAUAACGUUUGGUGGGCAUGUGGAAGUGCAAAAAUAUGGAUGUCUUUAUUUUGUGAUCAUGUUUACGGUGUUUAUUUUAGUGAUGAGCAGUAAUGCCACUAUUGUUUGCAUCAUAAUUAUUAAAAAAAACCUGCAUGAGCCAAUGUACAUUUUCAUUGCAGCUCUAUUAAUCAACUCUGUUCUUUUCAGCACUGUUAUCUACCCAAAGCUUUUGAUUGACUUUUUAUCAGAUGAACAGAUCAUAUCUUAUCCAGCAUGUCUCUUCCAGUGGUUUUCAUAUUACUGGUUAGGAGGUUCAGAUUUCUUUCUCUUGUCUGUUAUGGCCUAUGACAGAUAUGUGUCUAUAUGUAACCCUCUGAAAUAUACAACCAUCAUGCAAAAAAUAACUGUUAAUAUUUUCCUGUUUUCUGCUUGGAUUCUGCCUGCUUGUUUAAUGUCAGUAGCAUUAUUACUAAAUGCUAGAGAACAAAUCUGUACAUUUCAUUUGAAGGGAAUACUUUGCAACAGCACAGUUCUAACACUUCAGUGUGUUAGUUCAAGAACACUGAAUAUAUAUGGCUUGGUUGUUUUUGUUACUGUUUUACUUCUCCCUUUUCUCUUCAUACUUUUCACAUACAGCAGGAUACUUGUAGUAUCGUAUCGAUGUAGAGGAGUCAGGAGAAGAGCUGCACAGACCUGUUUUCCCCAUCUGCUGGUUCUAAUCAACUUUUCCUGUUUAACUUCAUGUGAUGUGCUAAUUCCUCGACUAGAACUUGAAUCUCCAAAAAUUGUACGUUUGAUUAUGACCUUACAAUUUGUGAUUUACCAUCCUCUUUUUAAUCCAAUCAUUUAUGGACUAAAAAUGAGGAGAAUUUAUGAUCACCUUAAGAAGCUCCUCUGCAGAAUGGUGUAGUGUCUUCAGCUGCUAAGUUGAACAGAUAACCACAGUGUAAGCGUCACCUUUUCAGUUUUAUUUUAGUUACAAAACCAUUGUCCUCAAGUGUAUGGCAGAAAUUUAUAGUAACCCUAAAUUAAGCACAAGAUCCAAUGAUAUAAGCGUUUAGCAAUCCUUGCAGGGCAACCCAGCACAAUACAAAUGAGAGAUAUAAAAAUACAUUUUAAAACAGAAAAAAAUCUGCAGUGAGUAGUGAUAGCGGUGGUUAUAUUAUGGAAGAGA